AUGUCGACACAGUCGAACGCGGGCAACGGCCAGCCGCAGUCGCAGCCUGCUCAGCCUGUCGCAUACCCUCCAUCGCUCGUUGACAAAAUCCCUUCUGUUAAACUGUUUAUUCCUCCGAAAGGCCCCUUCUCUCCCCAAAUAUCCGAGCGCUGUUUUACCUAUUCAUCCCAGACCGCUCGGGGGCGCACACUGGGUGAAGAGCCCUGGUCACGCACUGUCUGUAUCCGCCGCGUCUUCAAUCAUGAGGUACGCAGACAGCUCGACCCUCGCUGGCGGCACCCGCUCGAUCCUUUCAAAGCCGUUGUUCCACUCGACAUCCCGCUCCCGCCCGAGUCGCGCACCCCUAUCAGUGGGUUCCUUGCCGGCCCCGCAGCCCCAUCUUCUCCGUCGCCCAACUCGUCCACCUCACCGCCUCCUUCGCGCGCACCAUUUUCCCCUUCGACCUCAAUCUCGACAUCGGCCCGAGACACGUCCGGGGCCGAGCCGCCGCAUCAGAAAUACUGGGAGCCGGGAUACUACCUAUGGCUCUCGCGCUCGCGGCAUGCGACGCAGGAGCAUAUGGACCUGAUGUCGCGGAGCCUGACGCAGCAGGCGGUAUACGAACGCCAAAAGCAGGAGGCUAACGAGACGUGGGCGCGCGCAGCGAAGCGGGGACAGGCGGUGUGGUAUUGGGCGGAUUCACCGGAGGGUACAGAGGGGCGGACGGAUGGCCAAGCGCAGGGAGCUACUGGCGCAGACGCGCAGGUACAGGUGCAGGGGGGCGGUGGGGCUGGAGAUGGGGUUGCGCUUCCGCCAAUGCAUACGGGCCCGCCGUUUCCUGACUUGUUCGACAAUCAAACGCUUUUGAUUUCGCUCUCACACCCGCCGCCCGCGUUACAUGUGCCGUCGCUCAUCGCAAAAUAUCUCGCGCCGACCCCAACGCUGCUCGCUCUUGUGCGCGAUUCGGUCGUGUCAGGGCGCCAGGCGCAGCUUGUGGACCGCCUCGCUGGGUCUGUGCGCCAGGGCGAUCCGUGGACGCUUGCGGGGAAUGUGGCCACGCGGAUGUGGAAGCUGUUGUGGAAGGACGAAGAGGGCGGACAAGGGAAAGAGGGGGUAUAG